AGCUUUAUGGAUAAAGUACACUCUUCACUCUCUCCCCUUUUCACGUGAUUCUGGAAAACACACUCAAACUCGUUAGCUCCUCCAAGUUUCUACAUGAACUUGUACAGUCACUCUUGAACUUCAUCAAUAUCAUAAAACCCCCUGUAUGGGAAAGUAAAAACGUUCUCAAAAAGCUGUUACCUUUUCCCAAUGGCUUCAAUCAAAUUCGAUCCCUUCGAAAGCUGGUUCAGGAAACCUCAAAACCCAAUCCAACCCAUCAACCUUCUCUCACUAACUCAAUCAUUCCUCCCCACAACAUCCUCAAACUCUCCGAAUUUCGCUUCUAUAAGCUCUUCUGGUCUCUUCAGAAAAAAACCCAAGAAACCUGACCCGGAUUCCGACAAGCCCGGGCCUUACAAGCAGAUGGUGGACCAGUUCUUUUGGGAAUGUGAGAACCUCCCAGAUUACAGACACACGCCUGAAGUCGAAAAAAUUUUGAAUGAAGACCCUUUUUUCGAGAACAAAGAGAACCCAACCGAGGAGGAAAUUAAAGAGAAUGAAAAGUGGUGGCAAGACUUUAGAGCAAGUCCUGUGGUUCAGUUUUUGGCAAGAGCUGAGGAAAUUGCUGAUGAAAUCAAUAGGAUAGAGCUUAAAGAAAAUGAAGAACCGUUUAGAAAGGAAGAUAAGAAGCUGUGGCAAGCGGUUCCGCAUGUGAUUGGUUUGGACGGCCGGCCUAUGCCUCGAAAAGCUAUCAAAACCAGGGAAGAGAGUGAUGAUAAGUUCUGGGAUUUCACUAAGCAGUUCUUUUUUGGUCUCUGGGGUUUUCGCCAGAGGCCUUAUCCACCAGGUCGACCCAUUGAUGUUGCUCAAGCUAUCGGGUAUAAGCGGCUCGAGAAACGUUACUAUGACUUUAUCAUGAGGAGUGGAGGCUGGUACUACAAAGAUCGUUUGGGCCGUACCCGAGGUCCUUGUGAGUUAAUAACCCUGAAAACAGCUUGGGGUGGUGGGAUUAUUGAUAAACACACUUUUAUUUGGGGAGAGGAUAUGGAUGAAUGGGCACCAAUUCAUAUGGUUUAUGGCUUGGAACCUGCAAUAGCCACUUGGGAAGUUAGGCUAGGUGCGGCAGCAACAGCUUUCCUUCAUAAACUUCAGAAAGGUAUACCUCCCUGGGUUCCCCUUAAAGGGCACGAGGAGAAAACUUAUAAACAGCUUCAAGAAGAAGCGAUAGAGAGCAAAAGACGUGAUUUGGCUGUCCUAAAAGCUAAUGAUGGCAUAUGGCCCGGAGUUAGAAUUCCUAGCCAUGCUCUAUUUCUUUGGGCUAGCGGCUCUGAAAUGACAACUCUUUUGGAAUCUGAUCAUAUGCCAAACAAAUACAUUUCAAAAGAUCUUCGGCACAAAUUGGCCAAAGUUAUCCCCGGAUUAAGGCCGUGGGAGGUUUUAAGUGUUGAGCAAGCAAUGGAUGAUAUCACAUAUAGCGGAGAGUGGUAUCGUGAACCUCUUGGUACCUACACAACCGGUCCCCCUUACAUUAGACAUUGGAACAAGGAUGUCAAGAGAAUAUUCCGAAUCUUUUAUAACCUUAGCAGCCAAGUGUAUAACAAAUUGGAGAGGACAAUUCCCGGUUUCAAUGCAAUAAUGGAGAAAGUACAGGCUGAUGCUAAUGCAAGGGAGAGAAGACGGAAGGAGAAAAGGGAAGCACAAAAGAAAGUCGAGGAUGCAGCCAUAUAUAAUCCAAGAUAAGCAAUACACCAUCGGCUGUAUGUACAUAUUUGAAACAAGAUGGUUUUUCUUUCUUGUAGAAAGGGUACACAUGUUUUGUCGAUGCAUCAAUGUCGAGAUACCGAUGAAUCGAAGUUGUGUUUUAGUAUGUUUGCUUCGUUGUAGUGCUUUGUUUCUUGUUGAAGAAUGAUGCACGAUAUUUCUUCCGGAUAGGAGUAUAGAAUUAAUUUAUUGCUGCCAAA